AUGAAGAAUUUCCGCAAGGUCGCGUAUAACUUCAAGAUGACGCUCGUGUGUGGCUUCAUCACCUUCCUCGUCUUCCGCGGCACCUUCGGCGCCGGCAAGUUCGGCACGCCGUUUCAGGACGCCGAGAUUCUCAACCGCGAGCUCCGGUCCUUCCAAGAGAAGCGCCUCCUCAAGUCGCGGGAGAGCCAGCUGCUCUUCCUGCAGGACAAGAUGGCGGACCGCAACUCGCCGUACCGCGCCGGGCCCAACAUCACAGACUGGGACGAGCAGCGCGCCGAGCACAUAGCCUUGAAUCCCGGGUGCAACGCCACCAGUGACGGGCGGCCACGUGUCAUGAUCGUGUCGACCUCCCAGCCGAAGCCGUGCGAGCACAGCGUGGGCGACCACUUCCAGCUCUUGUUCCUUAAAUCGAAGAUGGACUAUGCGCGUACGCACGGCAUGGUGGUAUACCAUCACAUGGUUCGGCUGGACAAGGAGAUGAACGGCAUGUGGGAGAAGCUGCCGCUGCUGCGCCGCCUCAUGCUCGCGCACCCCGAUAUAGAGUGGUUCUGGUGGAUCGACUCGGACUCCAUUAUAACGGACAUGAAGUUCGAGCUGCCGUGGCGCAAGUACAAGGACGUUAGCAUGGUGGUGCCGGGGUGGGACGAUCUCGUGUACAAGCACCGCGACUGGGUGGGCCUCAGCACUGGAAGCUUCCUCCUGCGCAACAACCAGUGGUCGCUUGAUCUGCUGGCCAAGUGGGCCGCCAUGGGCGCGAGGGGCAGAGCCAGGGAGGAGGCGGGGCGAGUGCUGACGGCGCAGCUCAAGGGUCGCCCGGAGUUUGAGGCAGACGAUCAGUCAGCGCUGGUGUGGCUGCUGGUGAGCGGGAGGGAGCAGUGGGGCAGGCACGUGCACCUGGAGAGCAAGUUUUACCUGCACGGCUACUGGGUCAACCUGGUCAACAGGUUCGAGGAGAUGAUGGAGCGAUUUCACGCUGGUUUCGGCGACGAUCGGUGGCCGUUUGUGACUCACUUCGUGGGAUGCAAGCCGUGCGGCAGCAUGGGUGAAUACGACGCAGCCAAGUGCCUCGUGCACAUGAAACGCGCGUUUGUGUUCGCUGACAACCAGGUGAUCAAGCCGUACGGGUUCACGCACCUGCACCUGAACAGCAGUGUUGUUGUGCCGUUGGUUAAUGUGACCACGCGGGCGUGGAUAGCUGAGACGCACUACGAGAGGAAGCAGCAGCAGGUGGCGGAAAAGAGGAAAAAGCAGGCUGAGGAGAAGGAGAGGCUGGAGCAGGAGGCGAAGAGAAUGGCCGAGGAGCAGGAGAAGUGGAGGGAGGAGGAGGAGAAGAGGAGGAAGGAGGAGGAGGCGUGGCGGGAGAAGGAGGAGGAGAGGCAGAGGAAGAUUGAGGAGGGGAAGAGAGUGGAGGAGGCAAAGAGGGCCGCUGAGAAGGAAGCGAAGAAAAAGAAGCAGGAGGGGCAGGAGGGGAAGGUUGGGGAGGUUGCAGCAGGUGGGGCGGAACAGGGGGCGAAGGGAGGAAAGGGUAAAUCUGUUGUUACUGUAAAGAAUGUGACUGUACCGAUUGGGAAGAAGGGUAUUCCGGAGAUUAUAGUGGAUGAGGAGGAGGAGGAGGAGGAGGAUGAGGAGGAGGAGAGUGUGCAGGACAGGAGGAAGAUUGGGCUGACUAAGGCUGUUAUGAGACAGCAGCGGGCUGCUAUGGCCAGGGCUGUGGUUGCUGCUAGUGCUGAGGACGAGGAGGAACGGGUGGAGGAGGAGAGAGGGGGUGUGGAGAAGGGGAGUGAGAAGGGGAGUGAGAAGGGGAGCGAGAAGGGGAGUGAGAAGGGGAGCGAGAAGGGGAGUGAGGAGGAGAGUGGGAGGAAGGAAGAGGAGGGUGAGGAUGAGGAGGAGGAGGAAGAGGAGAGGUUGGACAGGGAGAGGGAGAGGAGAAAGAGUGCAGAAGGGGAGGAGGGAGUGGUGGGGGAAGUGGGAGGGCUUGAUGUGAGUGAUGAUGGUGGUGCGGCAGAGGAGAGUGGUGAGGAGAGUGGUGAGGAGAGUGAGGGGGGAGAUGAGAAGGUACGAGGCGAGGAGAGGGGUGUUGAAUUGAGAGCAGGGCGUGAGGAGGGAGAGGAGGCAGAGGGGGAGGAUGGUGCGACAGUAGAGGAUGCAGAGGAGAUGGGCGGUUUGAGAGAGGCUGAGGAAGAGGAGCGGGGUGGUGUGGGGGGUGAGGAUGUGGAAUGA